AUGUUAGCUGCGAAUGAAGAAGGCCCGGCAAUGCCGGGAAUAUUCGAUGUUCUCCGUUAUUUGGAGAACGAACCUGUAAUGCAACACACAUUACAGGAAUUUAUUAAUAUGACGCAGCACCUGAAUGCCCGCUUGACUGAGGCAGAAAGAAGACUGGCGGAAUAUGAAGGGCAAAAUGCCCAACAAGAAAUGGAAGUAGAAAAAAUGGAGGAGGGGCCGGCACCUCAGGAGCCGGGAUUCAAUAUAGAGGAAGCAGAGUGGGCACCUCUGCCGGAGAGUGAUGAUGAAGCCGAAUGGCUAGCAGAGGCAGAGUGGGCUCCUCUGCCCGAAGACAGCGAGGAAAAUCCUGAGGUGUCGGUGGCACCGGUGGAAUCAAGUGGUGAUAACGAACCGGAAGAAACAGUCCGAGAGAUCGUCCUGAGAUCAAGGACGAUUAAGGUCCCGGUUCCAGCCACAAAUACAACGUUGGCUGCGGCGACACCGGAAGCAUUCCGUCCCGCAGAUCUAGGGGACCUUCCGGAACAGCUCCGGAGAGAGCUGGAAAUGCCGCAGGCAGAGCAGUACACGGUGCUUCGAGCGGGGGAACUAUCAGCAUCGUGUGCGGCAUCUGCAACAGGCAGUUUGGCACGCUGA